AUGCCCAGAGAAAUAAUUACGAUUCAAGCCGGCCAGUGCGGCAACAAUGUCGGCAGUCAGUUCUGGCAACAGCUUUGCCUUGAGCAUGGGAUUAGCCAGGAUGGGAACUUGGAAGAGUUUGCAACAGAAGGCGGGGAUCGCAAGGAUGUCUUUUUCUACCAGAGCGAUGAUACCAGAUAUAUCCCCCGAGCUAUCCUUCUGGACUUAGAGCCAAGAGUUUUGAACUCAAUACAAAGCGGACCUUACAAGAAUAUCUACAAUCCAGAGAACUUCUUCAUCGGUCAGCAAGGCAUUGGUGCUGGGAACAAUUGGGGUGCCGGUUACGCCGCCGGCGAAGUUGUACAAGAGGAGGUUUUCGACAUGAUUGACCGAGAAGCGGACGGUAGUGAUUCUUUAGAGGGCUUCAUGUUCCUGCAUUCGAUUGCAGGAGGAACCGGCUCGGGACUUGGUAGCUUCAUCCUAGAGCGGAUGAAUGACCGAUUUCCCAAGAAGUUGAUUCAGACAUACUCCGUUUUCCCCGAUACCCAGUCCGCGGAUGUCGUGGUCAAUCCGUACAACAGUCUGCUAGCCAUGAGGAGACUGACACAGAAUGCUGACUCUGUGGUUGUUCUCGACAAUGGUGCACUCUCGAGGAUUGUUGCAGAUAGACUUCAUGUUCAAGAGCCUUCGUUCCAGCAGACGAAUCAGCUUGUGUCCACCGUCAUGUCAGCCUCAACUACCACACUCCGUUACCCCGGCUACAUGCACAAUGAUCUUGUUGGAAUCAUCGCCUCUCUUAUCCCUACACCUCGCAGCCAUUUCCUGAUCACCUCAUACACGCCCUUUACUGGUGACAAUGUCGACCAAGCAAAGACAGUUCGCAAAACCACCGUUCUAGACGUUAUGCGCCGCCUGCUACAGCCGAAAAACCGCAUGGUCUCAAUCAACCCCAGCAAGUCCAGCUGCUACAUGAGUAUCCUCAACAUCAUCCAGGGUGAAGCAGAUCCCACAGAUGUGCACAAGUCUUUGCUGCGUAUCCGCGAGCGACGCUUGGCAUCAUUCAUCCCUUGGGGCCCGGCCAGUAUCCAAGUCGCCCUGACCAAGAAAUCUCCAUACAUACAAAACACACACCGCGUCAGCGGCCUGAUGCUGGCGAAUCACACGUCAGUGGCGACUCUCUUCAAGCGAAUCGUCCAACAGUACGACCGCCUGCGGAAACGAAACGCAUUCUUGGAACAGUACAAGAAGGAGAGUCCCUUUACAGACGGUCUCGGCGAAUUUGACGAAGCGCGGGCUGUGGUGAUGGACCUCGUAGGUGAAUAUGAGGCAGCAGAAAGAGAAGACUAUCUGGACCCAGAUGCGGGCAAGGAGAAGGAGAUGGGGGUGUGA